GCACUAGUGCUUAUCUCCACAGGGAAACUAAAGAACUACAAGAAAAAUUAUCAGAUUAUAAAAAAUUAGAACAGUAUUUGUCAAAAGCAAGAAUUGCAUUAACUCAAAUACUUAAUACUCAAAAGAAUUUCCAAGAUUUUAGUUAUAUAAGCAAUCCUUUCUGUCCCGCACCCUAUUAUUCUUAUAAACUGAAAGACUUGUUAGAACAAAGAAAGUUCCUUUACAAAGAAGAAAACGAUAAAAUUUGUGAAGGUGCCUAUGAGAUUUUAAAUAGUAUGAAAGAAAAAAAUUACCUUGCCCGGUUUGUUGAUAACCGAUCUUUAAUUGAAUUAGAAAAAAAUAUUGCUGAAAUUCAAAA